UUCUGACUAGGCUCAAAGUGCAAAAUUGGUCAUUCCAAUCACACUGCCAACUAUUGAAGAUAACAAAUUACUUCAACAUUUGACAAUAUUUGGGUCAUGGAAGGAAAAUGGAAUGGAUAUAUCACAAAGAAUCUACAUUUUUCCCUAUAACAUACAAUUGAAAUACAAAACAAAUUAGAAAAUGAAGAAAUCAGGAGCUGGUUCAUCUGUUAUGAUUAUCAUUCUGGUUAAUCUGCUAAUACCAGAGGCAUCAUUGGGGGAGCCAAGAGCUCAGGUAAUUGAGUUAACAUGCGGGAACCAAACUUCGCCCGACCCCACCAUUCCUAUGGCAAACUUCAUUGUUACAAUGGAAAAUGAGAGUGCACAAAUGCGAAUUUCAGGCUUUGGCAUAGCCGGAACAGGCUCAGGACCCGAUUCUAAUUAUGGAUUAGCACAAUGUUCCGGUGAUCUUUCUUUAAUCGAUUGUGUGUUAUGCUACACUGAAGCACGCUCCACUCUUCCUCAGUGCUUUCCUGGCCAUAGUGGAAGGGUUUUCCUCGAUGGCUGCUUCAUGCGAACUGAGAAUUACAGUUUCUUUCAAGAGUAUACUGAACCGAAUGACAAGGCUGUCUGUGGGAAUAGAACUCGAAAGAAUUUAGCAUUUCAGAUAUCAGCACGACAGGCUGUGUUGCAGGCAGUUUCAGCAGCACCAAACAAUAAUGGCUAUGCAAGGGCUCAAGUGGCAGUUUCCGGGACAACAAAUGAGUCAGCUUAUGUUCUUGCCGACUGCUGGAGGUCACUUAGUGCUAGCUCUUGUAUAGCUUGUUUGGAAAAUGCAUCUGCAUCUAUAUUAGGAUGCUUGCCAUGGUCCGAGGGCCGUGCACUGAAUACAGGGUGCUUUGUUAGGUACUCUGACACCAACUUUCUUAAUCCUAUACUGGGAAAUGGAAGUUCGAGAGGAACAAUAACAAUUAUAGUGGCAGCUGUUGGUUCCAUAGUUCUUUUGCUUAUUGGAACAUUCAUUGGAGUUUAUAUUUGGAAGCAAAAAACAAUACAUAAGAAGAGAAAAG